AUGCAUGGAUAUACUUUGCGUUCAUAUGUAGCAUCAUUGUUCGUCGUAUUUAUGAUCAUCCUAAUCGCCAAUAAGGAAUUGUUUGCACAGACGUAUCCCGUCUGCGUUGCAGCAAGUUUACUACUUUAUUUCUGGUAUCUUGCGAGCUUGUUGUGGCAAAGUGCGAUAUGCUUCGACAUUUUACGGACAUUUGGAGGAGUUCGUUUCUUACGUAACAGCGUAAAACAAUCAAAGAGAAAAAUUUUUCUCACGUAUUCGUUUUGUGUGUGGGGAAUCGCCAGCAUUUACGUCAUUAUUUGUGCUAUAAUGAAUUUUGUUCCCACUGUGCCUGAUAAUAUGCAACCAAAUAUCUGCAUCGGUUCGAAAUUUGGAUUCCGUAAUAAUCAUAUUUUACUUUUUAUUACUGCAAAUGCUUCAUUGAAAUCCAUCAUACGAUCGUGA